AUGAUCCGGCGGAUUCAUGACCUGGCUGCCAACUGGGUCCAGGGAUGGAUAUCCAACUUCCUCUUUGGAUCGAUUCUCGUUGAGAUUCCUCUUCAUUUCAUCGCUGGCUUCAUGGCCGCUUGGUGGCAGUCUCUGUCCGGCGGCUCCGUUCCCGCCAGAAGUAUCCUCACGGGGCUUCAGCGCCUGGGCAUGAUUAUUGAACGCCUGGGUCCCUUUGCAGACAUGCUCGGGGUUUGGUUCUGCGACUGGAUCGGUGGACUCAUCUCUACCAGUCCCCUCCUCGGCACGAUAUGGCGAUUCUUCAUGAGGGGUCUCUUUUUCUAA